AUGGUGAAAUUAGAAGUAUAAUUAACUAUAAGUAAUUUGCUCCGCAUGCGCUUCGCACCGCGAAAUUGGAUUUUAUUCGUUAAUAAAGUUUCAAUUAGUGGAGACUUUUUCUAAUAAGUUAGCUCUAACAAAAACACAACGUUAUUCUAAGGCACAAUAGAUUAAAGAUUCAAAAAUAGAGCUGAAAUAUUUAAUAAAUUCCUCGAGUUUUAAUAAGAUCAUACAAUAAAAUAUAAUAUUGGUUAAAUAUUUGAUCAUUUCAAUGAGCUAAUUGUUAACGAACUUUAUUUCGAGUAAAUAAAUAAAGACAAGAAAAUUACAAAUAUUAUUAAUGAAUUCCAAUAAAAAUGUUCUUUUUAAAAUUAAAAGCUCAACCAUUUUUAGAUUCUCUAAAUAGGAAAGAACAUAAUACAAGGUGCAGGAAAAUCAACAAUUUAAUAGAUGAAUGAAGACAAAUGUUUCCUGAGAAUGUUAUUCAACGACUUGUUCACAUUUCAAUAAGAAUUCUAAUAACUAUAGUUUUCUAUUAGUUAUAAAUUGUUUGAACACUACAUGGGAAAGAAUUGUUUUAUGAAAAAAACUUGUAAAAUAUUAACUAAUAGAAAAAACAUGAAUUACAAUGAUUUUUUACAUUCUGCAUUCACAUAAAUUAGCUAAAAAUAAAAAGCAUAAUUCUAUUACUAUCAAAAUCAUAUCAUGCUAUUCGAAAGUAAAUGCUUAUUCAUUAACUACAAUUUCUUUUUGCGUAAAAACCCAACUUAAUAUGUUUCAGGUUUCUAAAUAGAUGAAAGAAAUUUAUAUGAAAUGAUGUAUUUAUAAAUUUCUGAAUAAAGAAUGUAAUUGACUGCUAUAAAACAACUAAUGACAUAACCAAGUUUAAUGUUUUGCUUUUUCGAAAAUGGACUAAUAACAAACAAUUUUUGGAAUAAUAUUUUUGAUAUCUACCAUUAAGACAAAUUUAAAUACAAUAAGCUUUUUAAAUUGAAUUUUUUUUAAUUUAGCUGUAAAAAUGUAACAGUUGGAGAAUACAUGUAUGACUUCUAUAGAGAUGAAAAAGAAAAAUAAUAUGAAUAAUACGAAUCUAUCUGUAAGUAUAUGAAAGGUUUUCAAGUAAGACACGAUAUCGUUUUAGAAAAUCAAGCUUAUUUUUAUUUUCUCUGCAAUAUUAUGUUCUCUAAUAAUGAUCAAAGAAUGAUCCUCGACACGAUAAAAAAUAAGAGAAUUAAUAAUCAAAACGAAUAUAAACUUGAUUCUAAUUUAAUUAAAGCUAUAAUGGAAGAGAUUUCUGAAUAACAAAACUAAGUUCAGAAGACAUAGUGCAGUGGUUUUGGAAUUUUUAAGUUAAAUAAAUCAAGUAAAAAAAAAGUAUAGUAAUGCAGAAUAGAAAAAUGCUUUUAUAAUUUGGAUGGUUCUAUUAGUAAAUAGCCUAUUAUAAUAAAAAAUCCAAUAAAUCCAAGUAUAGAUUAUGAAUUAAUUUUGAAUCAAAAUAAAAUCAAUAUAGAUAUUAAAAAUGAUGAAUAAGAAGAAGAGUAAAAGAAUUAGUAUAUUCCAUAAGACGUGAACCAAUAUAAUAUUGAAGAAGAAGAAAUAUGCUUUUUAAACAACGACCAUGUAAUGGUUAAUUCUGAUGAAAUUGAUUUAGAUUAUAAGCAAUCUCAAUUUAAUAAAAAGAAUAAAUAAUAAUAAAAUUUUGGAUUCAUUUCCCUAGAUGAUUGA